UUUACAUUGCAAAAAAAAAAAAAAAAAAGCCAUGAGAACCGAACCGAAUCGAUCCGGAUUCGUUAGAAAAGCCAACUUUUCUGCAGGACAAAAUUGAUUUCUUUACGAGGAAAGAAGGAAGACGUGCGGAGCCCAACUUUGUUGUGAUCGCGCUGGACCAGAAAAGCAUCCCCGCUUCAGGGGGAGGAAAAAAGUAGGGGUUAACUGACGGCAGCUUUAAAGACAUCAUUUAUACCUGCUGGAGAGAGGUGGGGGAAAGUAACUCCGGGGUCGCCAUUGUGUGGACGGGGAAACGCCAAAUCGCAACAGUUAUGGUGCUCGGCGACGAGAACCUAAAGGGGAUCCCCGCCUAAGGAGUACUCAAGGCGGGUCUGGGAUACCCUCAGCUGCCGAGGCCUCCCAAGAGCAGGGGGGGAUCCUCCGUCGGAAUCCGACCGUCAUCCUUUCCCCGAUCUUACCGCGCGACCCUCGCUCACAAGCGUUACGCGAGACCCGAGGCUGUGGAUGCGGCCUACCCCGGGUGGGACUGACGAGCACCGGGGGGGAACAACGGGGACGACACCCGGGGAUUAAGGCAGGCCCCGUGGAGCGAGGAAACGCUCGAGUGCACCAUGAUGGAAGAACUGCACAGCCUGGACCCCCGGCGGCAGGAGCUGCUGGAGGCCCGCUUCACCGGGGUCGGCGUGGCUAAGGGCUCGGGCCAAAGUCAGAACGAGUCGUCCAACCAGAGUCUGUGCAGCGUCGGCUCGCUCAGCGACAAAGAGCUUGAGACUCCAGAGAAAAAGGCAAAUGACCAGAGGGUCCGGAAACGGAAAGCGGACCACUUUGAUGGCAGCCAAGGUAAAGCAGGAACAAGGGGACAUAAAAUUAGCGACUAUUUUGAGUUUGCGGGAGGCAGCGGUCCUGGGGCCAGCCCUGCCAGGGGGAUCCCGCCGGUGGUCCGCUCUUCCCCGCAGCACUCCCUCUCCAACCCACCGGUCGCGGUGCAGCAGGGAAGCCCGUCGUCAGUGGGCUCGGCCAACACCGAGCACUCGUCAUGCUCUUUGAAACCCGUCGCCCUUUAUUUGCUCCACAAAGCAACACAGUCCGACCUCACCAUCGAGAGGCUAAUCGCGAUGGAGAACAACAAGAACUCCGACCUGGAGAAGAAGGAGGGCCGCAUCGACGAUUUGUUGCGGGCCAACUGCGACCUGCGGAGACAAAUCGACGAGCAGCAGAGGAUGCUUGAGCGAUACAAGGAGCGCUUAAAUAAGUGCGUGACCAUGUCCAAGAAGCUGCUGAUUGAAAAAUCCAAGCAGGAGAAGAUGGCGUGCCGAGACAAAAGCAUGCAGGACCGGCUCCGGCUGGGCCACUUCACCACCGUGCGACACGGAGCCUCGUUCACCGAGCAGUGGACGGACGGCUACGCCUUCCAGAACCUCAUCAAGCAACAAGAGCGCAUCAACUCGCAGCGAGAAGACAUCGAGAGGCAACGCAAACUGCUGGCUAAGCGCAAGCCGCCCUCCAUGGCCCAAACGCCGCCGCCCAACCUGGAACAGAACAAACGCAAGAGCAAAGCCAACGGCACAGAAAGCGAAGCUUUAUCGCAGGCCGAGUACCACGAGCAAGAGGAAAUCUUCAAGUUACGAUUGGGCCAUCUAAAGAAGGAGGAGGCUGAGAUCCAGGCAGAGCUGGAGAGGUUGGAGAGAGUCCGCAACCUGCACAUUCGCGAGCUCAAAAGAAUCCACAACGAGGAUAACUCCCAAUUCAAAGAUCACCCGACGCUAAACGACCGAUACCUGCUUCUCCAUUUACUCGGACGCGGGGGUUUCAGCGAAGUUUACAAGGCCUUUGAUUUAACAGAGCAAAGGUACGUGGCCGUCAAAAUCCACCAGCUCAACAAAAACUGGAGGGACGAGAAAAAGGAAAACUACCACAAACACGCAUGCAGAGAAUACAGAAUCCACAAGGAGCUGGACCACCCGCGAAUAGUUAAACUCUACGACUACUUCUCGCUCGACACAGACUCGUUUUGCACAGUCCUGGAGUACUGCGAGGGCAACGACCUGGACUUCUACUUGAAACAGCACAAGCUGAUGUCUGAGAAAGAGGGCCGCUCCAUCAUCAUGCAGAUUGUCAACGCCCUCAAGUACCUCAACGAGAUCCGGCCGCCCAUCAUCCACUACGACCUUAAACCCGGUAACAUCCUGCUUGUGAACGGCACGGCGUGCGGAGAGAUCAAGAUCACAGAUUUCGGUCUAUCUAAGAUUAUGGACGACGACAGCUACAACUCCGUGGACGGCAUGGAGCUCACGUCGCAGGGAGCCGGCACGUACUGGUACCUGCCGCCCGAGUGUUUUGUAGUCGGAAAAGAGCCGCCCAAAAUCUCUAACAAGGUGGACGUGUGGUCCGUGGGAGUUAUUUUUUAUCAGUGCUUGUAUGGCCGUAAGCCUUUCGGCCACAACCAAUCUCAGCAGGACAUCCUGCAGGAGAACACCAUCCUGAAGGCCACCGACGUGCAGUUCCCGCCCAAACCAGUCGUCACACCGGAAGCCAAGGCAUUCAUCCGACGCUGUUUAGUGUACCGGAAGGAGGACCGCAUCGACGUGCACCAGCUCUCCAACGACCCCUUCCUCAUGCCGCACAUCCGCAAGUCAGUGGCCUCCUCGGGCAACUCGGCCAUGGCGGUGGCCUCAACGUCCAGCUCCUCCAACAGCAGCGCCUCCAACUGAGACCCCCUUCCCCCAUCACACACCAUCCUACGCAUAGCAUCCAUCUUGAGGACAAGACUUAUCGUCACCUGUUCACUGCUGGUGGUUGCUGUCAAAGCCCAGGAGUGAAGGUGGGCUUUGGCAUUUGGGGGGGGUUCUGCUUAAAAAAAAAAAAAAAAAAACAACUAUAGAAAUGCUUCAGCUUGGCCAUAAGGACCAGACUAUUUUCUCCCCUCCAUGGCUGGCAAAUACUCGCUUGAGCCCCUUCUGGUGGACGUUUUUUGCAUUACAAGUAAGGCAUCCACCACCCCCCCCUCCCCUCCACGCCACACGGCAGGCAUAGAAGUCCAAUUUUGUGUGUGUGUGUUUGUGCGUGCGCUUGGAGGAAGCCAUCACAUGCGCCUCUCGCCACCAUCUCCCCCUCGACCCUGUGACCAAAGCUUUUAACCAGAUGGUGGCGCCGUUCAUUCUCAGUUCUCUACAGAAAUGCUUGACAGUGGAAGCACUGAAGAAGUCCCCCCCCAACAGAAAAAACUCCCAAGAAAAGAAAACCUACACCCCACCACUUGCAUUUCUUUGACAUUUUUCAGGAAGAGCGAAGUCAUUUUUAUGAAGAUUUUUUUUUUUUUUCUCUCAAGUUGCCUUUAAUUAAAACUUUUAUUGUUAUUAUUGCCCACCCGCCUUCAACCCCCCUCUCCCCUCACUUCCUACCACAAACACACAUAUUUAUUUAGGGAUGUUUGAAUUCAAUUUUCAGCCAUUUUAAAAAUGCAAGGGACUGAUUGACAUUCUAGUACUUUUUCGGGGGGAGAGUCUGGGCCUUAGCAGGACAUUGCAUAAACCAUUAAAAAAUAUGUUUCAAACAUA